CUGAGCCCUUAGGAGCAGUCUCAUGAACCAUGAGCCACCAGCAACAGCCCCCUCCAUCCCCCAGGCUACCACCCCCUCUAUACUUCCCUUCUCUCUAUGACCGAACUGCACCAAGCACUACCCUAGCUGACUGUAGUCUUUGGCGGAAGCUUUUUGUGCCGUUGCGAGGGGGUGAAGCAGGAUCAGCUGGGCCUCAGAGACCUCCACCUGGCCUUGGGCUCCUCCCUGCCAAUGAGCGCUGUUGCCCACCUCCUUGGCCAGCUGGCCUGGCCCCCAUCCCCUAUGAGCCACUGCGCUUCUUCUGUCCUGCUGCUGAAAGCACUCCCCAGUGUGGAAGUGGGGCACACCAGCAGCAACAGCCAGAUGGGGAGAUCUGUGAGCUUGGCAUCCGUCUGAAAGAGCUGGAACUAUUGGCACUCACUGGAGACGGCUCAGACCCACAGCAAUAUAAGCUUCUCAAAGCACUAAAGGAUGAAAAGACACAAGAUGUAAUUACAGGACGGACUCUGAAAAAACAUUCACCUGCAUCAUGAGGCUUAUUUCCUUCUGACUUCACCUUAUAUUGUUCUAAUAGACCCAUUUGUAUUAUGUAUUCUUUUAAUAACUAUGCAUUUUUGCCUAUGCCGCCAAGCAAAAAUUUACAAGACAUUCUUCGAUUAGCAUUUUGUACAUUAUUUGUCCAAUACUAUACAUUUCAAAUACAAAGUGAUCUUAAGUUUCA